AUGACGAAGCACCAGAGACCAGCAGCAGACCGGGCCGUGUCCCUCUCCCUCUCCCUCUCCCUCGGCGCCGUGGCCGGCCUCAAGAAGAAGAUGCGCCGCGCCGGUGGGGAUCAGUUCGUGUGCAAGACGUGCGGCCGCUCGUUCCCGUCGUUCCAGGCCCUCGGCGGCCACCGGACCAGCCACCUGCGCGGCCGCCACGGGCUCGCGCUCGCCCUCACCCUCACCCUCACCGCCGGGGACCAGUACCGUGUCAAGCCCAAGAGUACAACGGAUCAGAAGCAGGCGCACCGGUGCCACAUCUGCUGCCAAGGGUUCGGGACGGGGCAGGCGCUCGGCGGCCACAUGCGCCGGCACCGUGACGAGGCGGUGCAGGCGCCUCCCGUUCUGCUCGAGCUGUUUCUCUAG